GCCCCGAGCAGCCGCGCUCCCCGCGCGUCCCUCCGGGGACCGGAGCGGCUCCUCUUAAGAGCCGGGCUAAAAGCGCCUUCUCGCUUUGCAGAUGGAGGUGAGCGUCCUGGCUCUGCGGGACCUGGCGAGCGCCCGGCCGGGGCGGCGGGGCCGCGCCGAGGCGGCCCAGAAGGAAAACAUAUAUGAUCGAUCCAGGAUGGCCCCAAAGACUCCCAUUAAGAAUGAACCAAUUGAUUUGUCGAAGCAAAAAGGCUGCACACCGGAAAGAAAUCCAAUUACACCUGUUAAGAUCAUUGACAGACCUCAACCCGAUCCCUGGACUCCUACUACUAACCUGAAGAUUCUUGUUAGUGCUGCUAGUCCUGACAUGAGGGACAGGGAAAAGAAAAAAGAGCUCUUCAGACCCAUAGAAAACAGUGAGCAGAGUGACACACCUGAUUCGUUACAGUAUGAUAUAGUAGAUGACAGCACGGUUGAUGAAUUUGAAAAGCAGAGGCCCAGCAGAAAACAGAAAAGCUUAGGACUCUUGUGCCAAAAGUUUCUAGCUCGCUAUCCAAAUUAUCCAUUGUCAACAGAGAAAACUACCAUUUCUUUGGAUGAAGUGGCUUCAAUUCUUGGAGUUGAACGAAGACGAAUUUACGAUAUUGUGAAUGUCCUGGAGUCAUUGCAGUUGGUCAGUCGUGUGGCCAAGAACCAAUACUGCUGGCAUGGCCGGCACAACCUCAGCCAAACUCUGAAAAUGCUUCAGGAGGCAGGAGAGCUGCAGUAUGGAGAGUUAAUGACCUCCCAGUUCAAGGAACAGGACUUAGAGUACAAAUUUGGAGAACGGAAAAAGGAAACUAUUCCAGAUUCUCAAGACAGACCAUUACUGGACUUUUCAGAACCGGAUUGCACCUCUGCAUCUGCAAACAGCAGAAAGGACAAGUCAUUGCGGAUUAUGAGCCAAAAGUUUGUCAUGCUGUUCCUUGUCUCCAAGACCAAGAUAGUCACUCUGGACGUCGCAGCAAAGAUACUGAUAGAAGAAACCCAGGAUACAGUGGACCACAGCAAAUUUAAAACAAAGGUACGAAGACUGUAUGAUAUUGCCAACGUCCUCACCAGCCUAGGCUUGAUCAAGAAAGUCCACGUCACAGAGGAGCGAGGACGCAAGCCAGCUUUUAAGUGGAUUGGGCCUGUGGAAUUCCCUGAAAGAACUGAUGAGUUGAGAGGACAUAGCCCAACAUCAGAUCCUCUGCCAGAGACACAGAGAGGAGCCUGUGCCCAGUACCAGACCAGUGCUACUGGAAAUCAAAGGUUUACACGACAUGCUUCAUUUAACAGUGCACAGCCUUGUGAAGCAGCCAGAAGGAAGGUCAAUUCUGAGCCUAACAGCCCCCGUCAAGAGAGGCAAGCCUGUAUUGUGAAUUCAGAUGAAAAUUGUUCCAAAAUGAUAAAUCUAGCAGCUGUCUGCAGGCAGAAAAUAGAGGAAGAUACUGGGAAUAAAGCUUGCGACACUGAAACGAUACUAAGUUCAGCAAAGAACUCCAACAUAAGCUUGCCUUUCUCUCUUCUUCCGGUUUCUGGGGACUCUGAUUUUUGUGUUAACCCUUUGCCUCAGGCAGUUUUCCCUAUGGUUCAGGCAGAUGUGCCAAGCUUCUCAUUACCAAACGGUAUCAGCAGCCAGGCUUCACACCCUUCCACUCCAGCAGCCUCCAAAACAGAAAAUGGAAAACCUACCCUGGUCCCCAGCCAACCCUUCCUGUGCUUCCCAUCUUCAUCCCUUUUUAUGUUGUGUGGUGGUCUUCAGGAAAAUAACUUGAGUGAGCCCCUGCCCGCUGCAGGAGACCUGGGAAACAGGAGUGCAGAAGCUCAGGCUCCUGUACCUCCCACUGCCUGCCAAAAGCGCAGCUCACACAAGUGCUCAUCACCCUCUGCACCUGUAGAUGAAGAGCCAGCUGCCAAAAAGCAGGCGUUGGAGCACAGUGAUCUGCCCCUCUCACUUGUAGUACCCAAGCCUUCUGAGUCACCCAAGGCAGAAUCUUCCCCAGGAAGUGGCUGUUCAGCUGCUGUACAUCUAGAAAUAAAUCGUCCUGACCUUGCAAGUCCUGCUGCUCCAGAGGUGGCAAACAAGGAGCCUACUAAGCCUUUAGAUUGUCAGGAGAAAGAAAAACAAUCUCAGAACAAAGACCCUGAUGAACCCCCUCCAGAAAAUGAGCACAUCUCUAAAGAAAAUGGCAAUCAACCUUUCCAACCACAGUAUCUUUAUGUUCAGCCUACUGCUGGAUUAAGCAGUUUUAAUUUUCUGUUCUCUGCAAACCAAGCCCCUGGUGCCAUCAGCCUGGCUGCGAACCAGUUGCCUUCUCUAAGUGUACCCUGUGUCAUGGUGCCAUCAGCAGCCUUGGCUUCCUUCCCUCUCGUCUGUUCUCCCUCGUUCAGCAAUCCUCUUUCUUCAGUUCCCGAUGGCUCCUUCUCAGCUGCUGCCUCCACGAAUUUCAGUGUGUCCAGCCUGGCCUCCACUACCCCUGUGUUCAUAAGCACCACGGGCGUUGUCACCCCCAAGGUCUCACCCGCCCCUUCGGUGGAUCCACAGCAGCCGGCUCACCCCGCUCUGCACCUGAGUCCUGUGCUCACAAGAUCUUGCAGUGCUGUUAAGCUGGACUCCCCCGUGUGUAUGGGACACCCAGUGACCCUUCUGAAGCUGCAGCAGCCUUCGUCAGCUCCUCUCACUCCCAAGAGUAUUCGUCCUGCACAUCAUGAGGCAUUUUUCAAAACUCCUGGAAGUCUUGGAGACCCUGUGGCAUGGAAGAAAAAUGAAGGCAACCAGACCAGAAAUGCCAGCUCUGUGCAGAGGAGACUGGAAAUCUCUAGUACCAGCCCUGACUAAUUCCGCUCUUUGCAAGAGGUGGGCAGAUUGUCCUCGGACCCUGAAUCAAUUACAAGAGACCAAGCUCUUACCUGGCAAGAGGAGCACGUUAAAAUGUCACCCCUUUUGGCAUGCUUCCCUACUAUCCAUUCACCCACUGGUUCUGUUAGCCAUCUUCUUCAAAGUCACCCUUGGUACAGAAAUCCUUUUACUGAAUUGUUCUUUCAGUACUGAUUUGAAUCCAGAUUCUGUGCUUCACACAGCCUUGUGGGCAUCAAAUUGGAAUUGUGAUUUUUAUUUGGAAAACUUGCUUUAUUUCUGUGAGGAGAUGCAAACAAAUUCUUUUGGAGUCCCCAGGGGCUCUUUAUUCAUGGUUUUAAGUGAGAUGUCUAGCACUUAUCUGGGGUAAGCAUUUCAUUUGCAUGUACUCUACUUACCCUGAGUAAAUCUGUGGUAAAAAUGAUAAACUCUCGCAGUUGUGAAAGCAACUGCUUCCUUGGCUCCAAACUAUCAAAGCCUGCCUCUGCAGUGCAGCCUCUUGCUUUUUACUUUGUAUGUUGGAGUGGGAUUAGUGCAAAAAAGGAUUUUUGCAGUUUCAGAAUAACAGAUUUUCUCAGGGUAGGAUUACUUGAAUGUCAGUUGGUGGUUGUACAAUUUGCCCAGCACUUGUGUUUAAAAAAACCUAAUAAUAACACAGUAUGAUUGAAUGUAUACAUGUGAAAAAUAUUAAGACCAAAAUAACUGUGAAUGUUAACAUUUUUAUAGUUGUGCUAAUGAGCUGUAUUAGUCCUUGGGUUGGUUGUUUUUUUGGGUUUUUUACUUUAACCUUGAGCAAAAUUUGCAAGUUAGAUGUAAAGAAUACAAAACCUAAAUCCUUUAUCAGAUUUGACUAAGUGAUUUGAGACAAACCACUGAGAGGACUGUGCUAAGAUUUCAUCUCCUGUUUAAAUAUCCAGUCUAGACUUUAUGACCAAGGAACACUGAUAAGUCAUUAACCUCACUCAUGAUUAGAUUCAGUCUAACCUGAGUCUACUAAGUGCCUACUUAGCUGUUUACUUAAGUGUACUUAAGGGAUAUGUACUUAAGUGCCUAACUCUUCACUUGCAGGAAUUUUGUGACUAGUUAAUCGUGCUUUUGAGUAUGUUGGGAAGACAAGGGAGAUCUUAUCUAUCUAUCUAAACCAGAAAAAGAAGUUGAAAGAGCAGGAGCCUUGAGUUUUAAAGUAAUAUAAAAAAUUAAUAAAAAAUUAUCAGUAUACCCUAGGAGAAGAUAAUGAGGAAGAAAAGUCUUAACAGUUCACAUUCAGAGUUCUCAAAUAAUAGAUGGUGCUAUUAUCAAUAUAGGAUAUAAUUUUAAGAGCUAAUGCUCUUAUGCUUGGGUAUGUUUUCACUAAUGUAGCAAACUGCAAUUAAAUUUGUGCUGUCACCUGUUCAAAAGACAGAAAGUGUUGCUGUUGACAUCACAUUAGCCUGGACUUUUAGCAAAUGGCCAGCAUGAUCAGCUCUUUCUUUGGUACUGGCAUUGGUUUUCCAAGGGCAGAUGCACACUUGGAUGUGCUAUUUCGUUGGUCAAGGGAGGUUAGGACUUUGAGGCUGGGGAUUUGAUGAAGGCAUCUUAUUUUUAUAAUGAAAAUGAAAUUUAAGAAAGAAUUUUAGUGAAGCUGAGGGUUUGAGUAAUGUGGCCUUCUCUUAGAAUAGACCAAUAACAGGUUUUUGAGAGGACUUGGUUAGCCCCGGUUCAAACAAAAUCUGUAGCAGAGUUAUCAUAGGAAAUUUCAGGGGUGGUAAAGAGACAUCUUUAGACUGCUAAUUUUUUUAUAUUUUAAUGACACUACAGUUAUGAAAGUUUACAGUUUUUUCUUCUGAAUUAUUUCUUCUUAUACACCCACUUAGAUGAAUUUUGCUUGGAAAAGCAUUGUGUAACUAGCACAGUGCUGCCCCUGCACUUCUGCUGGCAUGCAUGUGCUGCUGCUGGGGCAGGAGCAAGCUGCUGGGGCUCCAGGGAAAACGGUGGGUGCUGAUUCUCCAAACCUUGUCUCUUCUCUCUCCCUCUAGUACGAUGCAGCCUUUUAGUGAAAUGGCAGCUGGGAGCAGGGAGGAGGAUUAGAGCUAAUAUUGGCUCUUUGCUCCAGUUGAAGCAUCAUCACCAAAAUUGCCUUUCUUUGUUGGUGAUGUUACUAUGUGCCAUAACUAACUUAACUAUACUUGAAAAUGCAGGGAGUGAAAAUGGAUUUUCCAUUUCCAAUUUCUGCUUACAGUUUUGAUUUUCUGGAAAUACAGCAGGUCUGGAAAUGAGGAUUGAUUCCUUCUUCUCACUGAGUCAUGGCUGAGAAAACAGGUUUUGAGCCUAGAAGAAAAAGGAUGUUGAUAUGCUGUCUUGAUUUUGUCAAUGCAAAAUUCUCACUGAAACAGAGUGAGACCACUGAAGCAGUCGAGCAGCUACAUUCUGUACCUGAGCUGCUGAACUGGACUGGUGAGGGGGAGCAGUUGGCUGUCAAGAGGGAAUGGGUUUACCUUUCCUAUCUUUACCUUCACUGAAAGCUAAAAAAUUAAAUAAACUAUGAACAACUCAUCAGCAAAGCAGCUUUGGAAAAGCAGAAUUUGUAUUUGCACUGAGACAAAGUGCAUACCCAAGAAGUUCUGCAGGGUUUGUGAAACCUUUCUGUCCCAAGUCAGUUGUUGAGGAGGCUGAGCAUAUAACUUAUACUUGAAUCUAUCUGCCACGUUUACAUUUCUGAUUGUCUUCUGUAAAUUGGUGCUAUUUCUGUAUUUAAAAAGCUGUAUUUUUAAUGUAAAGCUGCUUCCAGUUUGGUUUUUUUUUUGCACUGCUAGUUUAAUAUAGACAUUAAUUUUAUUGCUGUUUAUAACUGUUCUUCAGUGAUUAGAUGUCCUGCUUUUCCUGCUCUCUAGCUAUCUGUUUACCUAUCAGCAUAUAGCUUUACUCCAAUCACACUGUUGGGUUGAAUAUUUUUUUAUACUAUCUGUUAGCAAAAUAUUAAACUUUUACAGAAUAAAAUAUGAACUUAAAACUUA